CCACCAUCUCGCACUCACGAGAGCUCAACUUUCAGCUCCAGCGAUCAUCUUUCAAUGAUAGGAUCAUAAAGCUUCCGUGCGUUCACCGCAUUAGAAUGCAGCAUUCCUUCCGUACGGAAGGGACCGACCGAUCCAAGCAGCUGACCCGACAGGGGCCGCAGGGUUUCGAGGAGGAAUGCAAUACAUGCCAUUUUUAGCCGCUCAGGAAUUCGUGACUAAAGGAAUACGUUGCUAGUCGUUUUUCUGUCGCCGCACAAAUGGAUAAACUCCGUCAAAUCACCUGAAAAUCUCCAUGUUUUGAUUGGAAUCAAAUUUUGAGAUUGUUUUUCACGGUUAUUCAACAAAUAAUCUGGAGCUCAGCCAUUCUUAAGCCCAGCAAAAGGGCUCUGAUCCAGACAAUUCGAGUGCGACAUUUCGCUGUGUGUUUGUUAUAGCCACAAUCAUCAAGAUGCCUGACUUCUACCGAGUCCUCAACGUCGCAAAAACCUCCAGCGAGACUGACAUCAAGAAAUCUUACAGAAAACUAGCCCUUAAAUGGCAUCCGGACAAGAAUCCAAACAACAAGAAAGAAGCAGAGAAGAGAUUUAAAGAGAUUGCAGAGGCUUAUGAGAUUCUAUCAGAUAAGAAAAAGAGGGAUGUAUAUGACAGGUAUGGACUGGAUGGUUUGAAGCAGCACAAUGCAGGAGGGCGACAACACACAGAUUUUGACUACGACAGUUUUGGAAGCGGCUUUGGCAGCGGUUUUGGAAGGAGGGGUGGAUUCCAUUUUGAGUUCAAGAAUCCGGAUGAUAUCUUCAGAGAAUUCUUUGGAACCAGCGACCCAUUCAGUGCCUUCUUUGGAGAAUCAGCGAGUGGAUCAUAUGACACUCAUGAUGCACUUUUCCAAGACUCUUUCUUUAAUUCUGGUCUACCUUCAUUUGGAGGUAUGCAUCCUAGACUAGGUGCAGGUGUAGGUGGAGGAGGAGGGGCAUUCGCCUCGUUUGGGAACGGGUUCGGGGACUUUGGCAAUGGAUUCACGUCAUUUUCCUCAUCAUCAUCUUUCGGUGCUCCUAGUUCUGGGAGUGGUGUCAGGAGAACCUCGACUACCACCAGGUUCAUUAAUGGAAAGAGAGUCAAAACAACAAAAAUCACUGAACAUGGACAGGAGACUGAGAUCACGGAAGAGGAUGGAAAAGUAACGUCCAAACUCGUCAACGGUCGACAAGAAAUGCUGACCUACUGAAAGGACAAAGGAUCUGAUGUGAACUAAAUCUCAUCAUGCCUUAAUCUACACAAACCUAAUCUUAAUCUUGUGUGUGUGUAUUUUGUAAAAGACGAUAUUCGUUUCAACGCAAUUAGCCAGAAUGUUAUUUUUUUAUCAUUUUCAACUGGUAUCUGUCGUUUGUAAAGUAAUUUACACAUGUAUGUUGUUGUUGUGGUAAACAUGUCCAAAUGUUUUAUUUACAUUGUUAUUAUAUUGUUUCCUGUUUCUUUGUGUAAAUAUAUAGAGUCAAUGAACAGUGAAUUGCGUGAAUUAAUUUCAGAUUUGAGGCAUUUUAGCUGGAUAGUCCAUGCAUACAUAAAUAAUCUUACGUGUUUUGCAUCCCGAUUCAACAGAUUUUUGAAAUCAACCAUCACAAUGUUAACCAGUACCUGUACCUUUAACAGUUAAAAGGGAGGCAAAAUUUAACAAGAAUAAGUUCAAUAGACAACUUUACUAAGGCAUUCAUAUGUUAUGCAUACAUGUACUUAUGGAAUGAAAGAUGUCCUUUGAAUAGCCCGCACAGGGGCUUGUCUUAUAUAAUAAUAUUGGGUUCUUGUAUAGUGCUCAUGUCUGUCAGAUUUGACACUCCUGGCACUCCCGAUAAAGCAAUAAAUACACAUGUGAGGUGGAUCUCGUAGAUAGAGUUGCUUUCAUACUUGUCUUUGUGUAUUUUGGGAAGAAUUAUCCAUAAAUUUGAAUGUAAUAGGAAACUAGUCUAAUCUCUAAUUGAUUGGCGUACAAUUAUACAAUACUAUCAAGAUAUACCAUUAAAUUGAUUCCUUGGUGAUUCACAUACCGGUAGUAUUUUAUUUUAUUGUUCAAAUAAUAACUUAAUUGAACUCAAAAUGAGAGCCUCUGGAGGCUUAAACACAAUAGAACUCCCUUAGAUUCCGUUUAUUAUUGUACAAACCCUUGUCUUUAAUUAGUGUUGAUUUUGUAAGAUAGGCAUUGUUUGAUCAAUCAUAUUUGUGAAUAGUAGAAGAGCUUUAUAUUUAUUGUAGUGUUGUAGAUACUGGAGAGUUUGUAUUCUGAUUUUCACUGGAGUGUAGAUAAUGCUGCAUGUUUAUCUGUUUCGGUGAAAUAAAAAGGUUUUUAGCAAGUUUUGAAUGGCCAUAAUAGGGACAAUUAGUUUUGUUUUGGUAUAUUAAACAGUGCUAUAGGGGCAUCUUUUUUAUUACCCCCCUUUUUUUUACCCUGUGUAAAUCUUGCUUUACCCUGAAAUUGGACAAUUUUGUAUUCUAAAACAUAACAUCUCUUUAUUAAGGAGCAUUAGUGUUUUUCUCUAUAGGGCAUUAAUUCAACUAAUAGAAGCUGAUAGCAGAAAUGCAUCGGGAGAAAUCAGCUUUUAUCAUAAAUAAAACCAGAAAGGCUGAACAAAUUAUGACAGACCAGUGUACAUUUAUAAGAACUUAGUCUCGUGACAUAAUUUGUUUGCACAAUUUGGUGAAAAGGAAUGAAAGAGAAAACUGAAAAGAAAGGAAAGUGUUCUAUAUUGUAUUAUUUGAAACUCUCAUGCUUCUGGUGUAUUUCAUAUGUUUAUUUUUUUUCAUUUCCUGAAGCUACCACUACUUUGCAAAUCAUUUUGUUUCACUUCUCUGUUUAGUUUGAAAAUUGAAACUGAAUUAGGAAGAGUUUCCUUUAAAACAAGCUAUUGCAUGGACUCUUACGGUAUUUACUUUCAGAUGUUUUAUUCAAGAGUUUAGGAGCAAAACAAACCUACCCCUCAACACCAUUGUUGACUACUUUGCUCCUUGUGUGUUUCUCUAUCUAAUUUCAGCUCUACAGUGCUGCUUAUAUUACGUUCUCAUAAAUUCUUGUAUAUGUGCUACUAUCCAGUUACCAGUAUCUAGUAUUUUGUUUGUGCUUCAGUAUAGAAUAGAGGUUAUCAGUUGUAAGUAUAAAACGUUUACUAUCAAAAGAACAACUUCAGUUAUUUCAUUAGUAUUUAGCUUACAAAUUUAAUCAAAGAAUGAUGAUACAACUUUUGAUAAAGUGCACAUCUUAUAGAUGUAGUAUAAUGUGACUCUGAAAUGGUUGCGCCACCUGUCUCAAUAAGUUCACUUCACAAAUGUGUUUGUUGGCAGCUAUUGACCUUUGUGAACUUGCAUGUCAAGAUUGAAAUUUGUUUGUCAACAUUUAAUCUAGAUUGAAUCGUUAAAGACUCUGUCUUCAAAACAAUCAAAAGCAAUUGAAAUAUUCAAUAUUUGCUUGAUUUUUUAACGCAAGAACGGAAAGUAUAUUUUCAAUUAUUUUUUUCUUUUUUUUUCUUAAGUGAUACAAUUUGUGUGCUGACUCUCCUUGACAAAGUCUUUGUAAAAAAAAAAUACUCUGGUGAAUUUCAUACUGUAGGAAUGUUUGUCAUACCAAAAUGUUUGAAAGCUGUUGCUGUUGGCAGUAUUCAUAACAUUAAUUUGUAGUAUGGAGAUAAAAGCUCAAAAUGUAAAUACAAAAGGAAAAAAGCUGUAUAGUUGCUUUCAGAUGUAGAUCAUAUUUUUGUAAAAGGAUUUUAACUACACAGUAAUAUAUAUAAUCUUUGAUCAAGAAGUGAAAAAUUGAUUGAUAUUGAAAGAUUUAAUCCUUUACAUUACGAAUUGCUUAUCUAUUACAAAUAUACUGUUUUUCACUUUUAAUAGGCAUCAUCACAGAAAAUGGUAUAAACAGUUUCUUUAUAUUGAUGGCCAUACAUGCAUUUUAUCCAUAUAAUAAUGGUGGCUUCUAUAUAUAGUGCACAUGUCUGUCACGUCAUGACACUCCUUGCACUCCGACUCGAUGAAGAGUACUUUAUUUUUUCCUGUCUUCUUGUUUGUUUUUUUGUUGUUUUUUUUUUUUUGGGGGGGGGGGAGGGUUUGCUUUAAAACAUUUUUUUUGUUUAAUCUGAGAUACCUUUGUGGCAGGGCAUAUCCUUGAAUUUCAAAACUGGAAGAACAUUUAGAUAGGGUAGGAUUGCAGUGAUAUUCAUAAAAUAUUGCUUUGAUAGAAUUUAAAAUGUCAUAUUUAUAUAGUUUGAACAGACUGGUGUGUCACAAUUGUCUAGCCACAUACUAAUUUUCCCCCAAUAUUAUGAACAUUGUGUUAUCAUUUAACAAGAAAAGGUUUCUGCACAUCUGAAUUGACACGCGUUUACACAUCAGAAUUAAGUACUUUGAUACACACUCAAAGACAUUUGAAGGUCAGAAUAAGAGUUUCCUUUUUACUCAGAUAGUCUCAAUUCUUUUCUGAAAGUCUUAGUCGUAGACAAUUGAUGUGCAUAUCAUUUAAGAAUGAGGGUAUGAUCAAAUGAACUGUAUUUGUUAUGUUAGUUACAUGUAAUAUUGUCUUCAAUUUGUUUUAUGUUCCAUGUUUGAAUGUUCAUGAAUUUGCUUAACAAAUAUAGUGCAAUCUGGCAAAAUAGAUAAAAUUGAUAUGCAUACGUUGCAUAUUUACAACAUAGUUGUUAUUUUCAUUAGGCUUAUAAAUUAUCAUAGUGAAAAGUUACUGAUAAACAUUAUUCUUUCAUUGCAUUCAUUGAAAUAAUUUACUGAGGACAAAGGUUAAAUCAUUAAUGGAAGGUAGUUGUAUAGUCGCAUUAAUCGCUCCAUUGGAAGGUAACAUGGUUCUAACAUUUUUUACAUUAAAAAAUGAUAAAUGCGGUUUCCUUUAUAGUGACUAUUAAAUGAAUAUCAAGACUUUAUCUCAUUACACUUGACUCCUUACUCCCUUUCCCAUAGGGAGAAGAAAUAAUUGAAUAAGUUUUAUCCCUCACUUAGUAAUUGCAAAUUCUCAUGUAUAAAUGAAAUACAAGCAAGAAACUUUGAGGCCUGGCUUUUAUUAUAUGUAUUCAAAAUUGACAUUGAAGUUAUUUUCUUCCGAUGCGGCUUUCCCUAAAGUUUAAUAUUUUAUAUUGACAAUUCACUUCUAAUGCUAGUGUAUUGGUGUGAUUUCAGAAGUAAGAACCAAAUUUAUUAUACAGAGCUUCAUGAAUCUAUCAUCAGGGUCCUGUUUCAUUGAACCUGUUAUCAAUAUCAAGUGCCACAGAGUUAUGACAAAUCUGAUUCUAGCCAAUCAAAUGCAAGGAUUUCAGUAGCUUAUAACAGUUAUUGCACCUUGUUAUUGAUAACAAGUUUUGUGAAACGGGGCCCAGAAGUACCGUGUUGGUGCAAGAGUAUCAAUAAAAGAAAUGUAUACAGGGAGAUGUUGUUUAUGGUGUGCUAGCUGUACUGUGUAGAAAAUGGACGAGAAAGCAGCAUGUAGUGAUAUAAGUUCUCAUGGUUACAAUAGUCUUUUCUUUUGUUCGAAACAUGUUUAUUCGGUUGAUGUAGACAUUCAACGAUUUGAUGUAUGCAUAUUAUUGCUCUCUUUCUAAUUGGACAUGUUUUAUUUAGUGUAUUCAUUGAAAUAUGUUGAUAUAUCAUUGAAAUACUGACUACAGUCAGGUUUUCUCUAUCUUUCUGCAUGUAUAUCAAAGCUAUAAUGUAUGUUUGUUAAUCUGGGUUUGUUCUUCAUGACUUGUUUUAAUAUUCAAGAAUUUAGAGAAAGAUUAAUGAAAUAAUGUUGAUACUCCAUGAAUUUUAGAUUUAGAAGCGAAGUUGUCAUGGUAUAGAUCUGUGGAACUAUGCAUAACCAAGAGUUUUCAUUUUAAGAAAGGACGGAAUGUUAAGCCACACUGUACUAGAAGUAUACCCUCUAGUGCCAUCUCAGGUCAGCUGUGGCAGUAUGGUCUCAUAACAUGCUGUGCUGUUGGUUCUCGCAUCAAGACCUCUGUCUGCAAGGCGAGUGGAAAUUAAAAUUUGGGUUAUGCACUGUUGGCAAGUUGACCAUGAGAUGGCGCUGUGCAAUAAGCAGUACGUUAGGGCAGAAAGUGCAUCAGUUCGGUAUCGCUUUAAGCAGAAUUUGAGUAUCCUUUCAAUUACUUCAUGCAUGUAGGUUGAUCAAUGGGGAAAUGCCAACAUAUUCUAGAUUUGUUGUAAGAAACAGAGAGGAAUAGUGUAAGGUAGUGCCCCUACCCCCCAAUUCUGUAUUUAAAACUCCAAAAGUUGUACUGAAGUUCUAUUAUUUGUCAUAAUUCAAGCAUCUCAUUUUUGCAUGAAAACAAAUCUAUGAUGUAGAGGUAGAUUAUUUCCUUCUGAAAUACCAGGUUAUGUUUGAAAAUAUUUAAUUAUGAGAAUACAAGAGUGCACCACAGCAUAUUGAUCUCUGAGUUGGGAUAAUAAUACUUUUGUAAACUUUUUUUUCACACUAUUUAAUUUGUAUAGAUGAUUGAAGCUAAUGAUAUGCUUUUCAUUUACGAUUCUUCAGAUAUGAAGCUUUUGAAUAAAACUUCUUUGCCAAAUAAA